AUGGAUGGGCUCGGGUUUUAUUGGUUGACUCCAAUGGGCUUCUCCGACGGGUGGACGAUAACUGGUCAUGAUUCAAAUGAUCUUCUGCUGGGCAACGCAAGUAUCUAUGUUGGUCGCAUCAUGGGCAUCAAGCGUUCGUUAGUGGAUGCCUCUUACCAUAAUAUCAGAGUUGGGAUCGCGGUGUUUUCGUCUGAAGCUCAGAAUUCCACACAAAGCAGACAAGGGACCGAGUCGUCCGAUAUUUCGUUAGCAGCUACUCCGCGUAUCUAG